AUGCCUUCAGACAAGGACCGCCUCUAUGUUGCCUUGUUUGCCCGCGGCGGCGCGCCCAAGAUGCCUGGCCUCGAAGACACUUAUCACUGGGGCUUGAUCGUUGGGCCGAAGAAGUAUCCAAGCAACAACAAGGGAAGCCUCUUCAAUGCCAAGGAAAAGAUGAAUCUAGCGGGCGAUCCACCGGUGCUUCGGUCGGUUUGGGAGUACGAGGAGCGAAACACGGCUGCGGAGCCCGUGUCCAUGCUCCUUGUCCGCGUCUUGGUCGCCAAGGUCAGAAACAUGAGCCGACUUCGGUCCAUAUUCGAGGGCACGCCACUUCAGCCAGAUACCGAAGGCUGGAACAGUGUCGGGUGGGUUAAGGAGGCUUUGCUGGGAGCCAUCCAAGACGAUGAGGCUUUGGGGACGUCGGCUAGCGACUGGGAUUCGGUUCGGGACAUUGCCAUGUGGUAUGUCGGUGCCAAGAAGGCCGCCCAUCGUUUUGACGGGACCGUAAACUUUGACCCCGACAAAGUGGCAACUUGGAACAUGCUAGAGGGCACUGAGUUUGAGCUGUGA